AGGUACAAGCGCGUGAGGUGCCGGCCGGACACCUGGGUUGCCAACUGCAUCGAGGAGAAGGGGCCCUGGUUCUACAUGCCCCAAGGAGGAGCGAACCGCGUGCUGCCGCCCAUGGCCGAUCCCUCUCUGAUGAAGGACUACCAGGAGCUGGCCCGUAUAUUUCCGCUUUCGGAAGAGGACUCCAGCUCUGGGUUCGAGGACGCGGCUGAAGCGGAGCAGGAGGGGUCCGGCUCAGGGGCCGACUUCGGCACCGAUUACCCCAGCAUGAAGUUUCACGACUUCUUGGUGGGCCAGCAGAAAAGCAAGCUGAAGCGGAAGCUCACAGAGGAGAAUUUGAUUCUGUAG